ACAAAAUGGCGGUGCCGUAUCGCCUUAAAAAGGCGUUUCUCAACUUGUUGCUCACCAUCUCGGCCGCCUAUUUCUACACGAUUCGUUUCGUUUUUUGGCUGGUUAACACGUUCUUCCGUGAACGUGUCUACGUCACACCGCCCACGGAUCGUCUCCUACUGAUCUCGGCCACACAGGCGGUUCAAAUGAUCUCACAGAAGGAAAUCUCGAGUACAGCACUUGUUGAGAGCUAUAUUCAUCGCAUUGAACAGGUAAACAACACAAUCAACGCAGUCGUUGUGAAACUUUUUGAAAGUGCCCGCGAACAGGCAAAUGAGGUGGACAGCUUCAUCGCAUUGGCCGACGAGGACGAUAUUAAGAAGAAGCUGGAGGAAAAGCCGCUCUACGGAGUCCCAUUUACAAUGAAAGAUGCUCUGGAGGUUGAAAAUGAGAUCAUCACUUGCGGAGUUUUCAACCGUAAAUCCACAAAAUGCGACCGUACCGCCGAGGCGAUCAAGCGCCUGCAGGCGGCCGGAGGCAUCCUUCUAGCUAUCACAAAUGUUCCAGAAGUAUGUAUGUGGGUAGAAUCGGUGAACACGAUCUACGGAAGAUCCAAGAAUCCUUAUGACGCCCGACGAAUGACUGGAGGAUCCAGUGGUGGUGAAGGAGCACUGCUUGGCUCGGGAGGAUCUGUAAUUGGAGUUGGAAGUGAUAUUGGUGGAAGUAUUCGGAUGCCGGCGUUUUUCAAUGGUGUCUUUGGGUUGAAGCCGACGCCGGGAGUUAUCCCGUUGAUUGGACAUGUUCCUGAGCCAACUGGCUAUAAGACUCAUAUGCUUAGAAUUGGACCAAUGUGCCGGUUUGCCGAGGAUUUGCCGCUUAUGCUGAGAAUAAUGGCCGGAGAAAACGCUCAAAGCCUGAACCUCCAUGAGCCAGUGUCCGGGAAGAAGCUCCGUGUAUUCUAUAUGGAAGGAAUCACUGGAUCACCAAUUAUUCAACCAUUGGAGGAUGAAAUGAGAUAUGCUCUCAAAAAGGCAGUCCGGUUUUUGGAGCGAAAAUACGACAUAGUCGCCCAAGGAAUCGAACUUCCCUCCGCCAAGCACGCAAUGGAAUUCUUUACACUUUCAAUGCACGAAGACACUACAGACCCCGCAUUUAAUAAACUAAUGCUCUGUACAAAAGGAACCAAAGGAGAAGUGAAUUGUUUCACUGAAAUCUUUAAAUAUAUGGCUGGAAAUUCGAAUCAUACACUGUCGGGUAUUGUGGCUGGAAUUAUUGAUUCACGGGAUCCGCCGUUCUCUGAAGCUCACACGAAGAACCUGCUUUAUAAGAGAGAUCGGCUGAAGCGACAGGUUAAAGAACUACUCGGCACCGACGGUAUCCUGCUCUUCCCAAGUUGGCCAUGCACAGCCAUGUAUCACAAUGAGCCCAUCCUUGCUCCGUUCAACUUCUGCUACACAGCUCUCUGGAAUGUGCUCUCCGUCCCCGUUGUCCAAUGUCCGCUGGGACUCGAUUCCCGUGGGCUUCCACUCGGCGUACAGGUCAUCGGCAAUCAAUACACUGACCGUAAUCUCAUUGCGAUUGCUCAAGUGCUCGAGGAGGGAUUCAAUGGAUGGACUCCUGCUGGACCACUUUAAAUUCCUUUUUUUUCUGUAAAUUUAAAAUUUUUUUACCUUUCUCCCCAAAUUAAACCCCCAAAAAAUCUGAAAAUCCUUUUUUUUUCUAGCAAAAGUAUUACUUUUUUUAGCUUAAGCCUAAAAUAGUACGAAACUUAAGGACUUUUUUUGGUAACUUGUUUUUGAAAUUUCAUUUGUUUUUUUCUCGGAAAAUUUCAAAAUUUUGGUAAUUUUUUGAAUUUCCGAAAAAAAUGCAUAAAAUCCAACAAAUAUCCAAAGGUCUCUAUUUAUUUUAACAGAAAGUGAGAAAUUUUGGGAAGUUUUUUUGAUUUUUCCAAAUCUUUGGAAUUUCGGAAAUUUAGAAAUUUUUAAAAAUUCAGAAAUUGAGAAGAAAUAUGAUUUUUGAUUGUUUUUUUUGGAAUCUUAUUGAUUAAAUUAAAUUAAU